AAGCAGAGCGCCGGCUGCCUGCCACUGAGGAGGAGAAGAGGGGCGUGGAAAACGUGCAAACUCUUUGGGAGGGUCUCAGCGUGGUCUCUCCGGGGCCUCCGGCACCAGCCUCCCCUCCCCAGCUCGCUCCGCAGCCAGGACCCCAGCUGUCCUCCCCGCGGGGCCCCCCAUGACAGCUGAAGGGCGUGCAGCGGAGGGGACGGGGGUCCAGGCGGCGCAGGCCACACACGCGACGCGGGCGCUGCCCGCCCCUCCCUCACCGGGCUCGGCACUAUUUUGGGUGGUGUAGACCCCGCCCCCACCUUCGAGUGCGCCCGGGCUCUGCGGCAGCUGGAGGGGUGCCGCUGCGCCAGCUGGGGCCGCACCUCGAGCCGGGGCCGCCGGCGGGUCUGCAGCCAUGUCGGGCCGCUCGGUGCCACAUGCCCACCCGGCCACCGCCGAGUACGAGUUUGCCAACCCGAGCCGCCUGGGCGAGCAGCGCUUCGGGGAAGGCCUCCUGCCAGAAGAGAUCCUGACCCCCACCCUCUACCAUGGCUACUAUGUCCGGCCCCGGGCCGCCCAAGCUGGGGAGGGCAGCAGGGCAGGGGCCUCUGAGCUUCGGCUCAGUGAGGGCAAGUUCCAGGCGUUUCUGGAUGUGAGCCACUUUACCCCCGAUGAGGUAACCGUGAGGACUGUGGACAACCUACUGGAGGUGUCUGCCCGGCACCCCCAACGCCUGGACCGCCACGGCUUCGUGUCCAGAGAGUUCUGCCGAACCUACGUCCUGCCUGCUGAUGUUGACCCCUGGCGGGUCCGCGCUGCUCUCACCCAUGAUGGCAUCCUCAACCUGGAGGCGCCUCGGGGUGGCAGACAUUUGGACACAGAGGUCAAUGAGGUCUACAUCUCCCUGCUCCCUGCACCUCCUGAUCCAGAGGAAGAGGAGGCAGCCAGUGCUGAGCCCUGAGUGCCGCAGACCCAGCAGCCUUUCUAGCUCCCGCGGUGGUAGGACUGGCUGCUCACCACCCCAGAGGCAGCAGCAUCCUUGGGGGAAGGGAAAAGCGCAUGGUCACAAUGUAUGCUUUGGUCCCUUGGGACGUGUCAUAGUGUUUUCAUUUAGUUUUGGGUGGAGCUGAAUAAACCCAAAUCUCAGGGCCUUGUUUGUGCUGCUCCCUAUUCUGUGGCCUGGAGGAUGGGAUGGGCAGGGAGGGAGACAAAAAGGACAGCUAGACAAAAAGGUCCUCAGUUAGAUGUACCCAACGUCAUAGCUAACCCUGAGCUCACACUUGGAUGCUGAGAUCACACCUGGAAGCUGACACUGGCUCCAGAUCAAAUUCCUGGCCAUAAUUUUCUCACAAUGCAACAGAAGAGAGAGUGAUCCUGGGAGGGAAAAUGGAUAUGCCAUCCAAACAGCCCAGAGGGCACUGUCUGAGCUGGUGAUUAGAGACACAAAAACAAGGGUCUCCAGACUGUCUGGCCUGUUUUGGGUAGGGGUUGGGAAAACAGCUUUUGGCUGCAGAGUUGCCUAAAGCCCUGGUUUCCCAUACUAAAGUCUGUCCACUGUAAAUGGUCUCUGAUUCUGAGGGAUCGAGUAUGCAGACACAGGGGCACAGACACAGAAGCCUCUGCCAUUGUCACUGAAUCACAAAGUCUCCCCACCCUCUGCCUAUGAGAGAAAGCAUUUGUUUCUAACCUUGAAACAUCCCAAAGGGAGGAAUCGCUGCAUCACUCCAUCCAAUCCAAGUCUAAAUGCAGGGGAGCUAGGGUUAUUGGUAUGGUGGUUAUGGCCAGGGAAACUUCCUUUGGAAGUAGAGUCUUAAUACUAGGGGUAUGAUGUAUUCAGGAAAGCCUGGGGGGGGUGGGGGGUUGACCUCUUAAUUACUCUCUGUAAUCAAGAGAACAUGCAUAUGUAUGCUUUGAGGAGUGUCCAGAAGACCUCCCUGCCCCCAAAUAUAUCUUUUACUAGGUUGUGAUGGACAUCUGAAAUUCUUCCAUUAAAGUGGUUGAUUCUUAACUUUUUUUAUGGACCCUCUUGAAAAAUCUGACAAAAGCAAUAGAUCCUCUUACCAGAAAAACACACAUGCUCCGAAAUUUGGCAUACAAUUUGAGUAGGUUCACACAGCUCUUGAGAUCCAUUCAUAUGCCCCUCUUAGGGAAUCGGUGGACCCCCAGGAUAAGAACCCUCACUUGAAGAAUACAAUUCUUGGUUAAAGGAUUGCCAUCUACUAAAAAUUAAAGCAUGCCUUAGAGAAAUAA